ACGUAUUGUGCGUUUCAGAAACAGUUUUGUUUUCGUACCACCGGGACAUAUCGUUCGGCCAUGGUCACGUCCGCACGGAUUGUGUAUUUGUCCGACUAGUCAGGGUGCUAAUACCAAGUUUGUGCCGUAAAAAAAAGCCAACAGAAUAUUAGCCAAAAUAAUAAAUUCUAAAACCCCCCCUCGUGCUGCCGUUGAUCGUUUGUCCGCCGCGCUACUAUCGCCCUGUGUCCCGCGAACGCGUCACACGAGCACCGCGAGCCAGUGGAGGAACAAUAUGGCUAUGAAUUGAUGAAAACGUUGCGCGUGUCGACCGCUUGGGCCUGUGGAAAAUAAUGCAAAUAUUUUGUUCUGGCCAGUCAUACUACAAAUUCCGUCCCAGAGUGACAUGUACAGCAGUCAAUCACAAGGUUUGUGUUCAGAACGGCUGGUGGCUGAUGAUAGUGUUGCAAUUGUUACGCAUCACAAAAAACGCAAGCUGGACCAAUUACAUAACGCCGCUUGCGGCCCAGAAAAUUACCAUCACAACAAAUACAAACUAAGUUCGUUACACCACCAUUACGAACCGAUUGUUGAGUUGGUCUCGUAUGAACCAAUCAAAUAUCGCAAACAUCAUGGUACUUCUAAUGCUCCAUCCAACAUAAAGGCCAGCCCGACAUCUGCCCAUAAUCAGAAUUUCAUAAGGGCAUCAACUAUCAAGCUCCUGGACACAUAUCAACGCUGUGGACAAAAGCGCAAAUCAUGUGAAAAUGGCGUAACCAAUGGUGCAGAGUCUAGUUGUGGAGCUGGAGGAGGAAAUACUACAUCAACGACCACUACUAAUACGACCACCACAACGGGGCAACAAGGGAAACAGGGGGCUGAUGGUGACUAUCAGUUGGUUCAGCACGAAGUAUUGUACUCGAUGACGAACCAGUACGAAGUUCUUGAAUUUCUAGGCAGAGGCACUUUUGGACAGGUUGUAAAAUGUUGGAAAAAAGGGACAAACGAAAUUGUUGCGAUUAAGAUAUUAAAAAAUCAUCCAUCAUACGCUAGGCAAGGUCAAAUCGAAGUGAGCAUUUUAUCACGACUGAGCCAAGAAAAUGCAGACGAGUACAAUUUCGUUCGUGCCUACGAAUGUUUCCAACAUAAAAAUCAUACAUGUUUGGUGUUUGAAAUGUUGGAACAAAAUUUGUACGAUUUUCUUAAGCAAAAUAAAUUCAGUCCUUUACCAUUGAAAUUUAUCAGGCCAAUAUUACAACAAGUGUUAACUGCUCUACUAAAAUUGAAGGAUUUGGGACUUAUUCAUGCAGAUUUAAAACCAGAAAAUAUCAUGCUUGUCGAUCCUAUUCGGCAACCCUACAGAGUUAAAGUUAUAGAUUUUGGUAGUGCGUCGCAUAAAAGUAAGGCUGUAUGUAACACGUAUUUGCAGAGUAGAUAUUACCGAGCUCCAGAAAUCAUAUUAGGCUUACCUUUUUGUGAGGCAAUCGAUAUGUGGAGUUUGGGAUGUGUUGUUGCGGAAUUGUUUUUGGGUUGGCCGUUGUAUCCAGGUUCAUCUGAGUACGAUCAAAUACGCUACAUUUGUCAGACCCAGAAUUUGCCCAAUUUAGAUAUGCUGACGAAUGCUUCUAAAACGUCCAAGUUUUUCUACAGAGACGUUACUUACCAAAACAACUGGAGGUUAAAGAUUAUGGAAGAACACGAAGCUGAAACUGGGAUAAAGUCCAAAGAAGCAAGGAAGUACAUUUUCAACUGUCUAGACGACAUUGGACAAGUAAACGUGCCAACAGAUUUGGAAGGAGGUGAGCUUUUAGCGGAAAAGGCCGACAGGCGAGAAUUUAUUGAUCUUCUGAAGAGAAUGUUAUCCAUGGAUCCGGCCAACAGAAUACAUCCCAAUACAGCUCUUUUACAUCCGUUUGUCACUUUGGCGCAUUUAGUUGAUUUUGCUCGUUGUGACAAUGUUAAAGCUAGUGUACAAAUGAUGGAGGUUUGUCGACGUGCAUUGCCCGAUCAUCAUUCGAGUGGUGGUCCGGCUGUUCUGGUCCCGGCCACAAAUGGGAAUGCUAAUGUCACGCUUACUUUUAAUAAUCAGUACCAACUAUAUAACAGCCGGUCAAUGGCUCGCCAAUAUAGUGGCAGCUCAAAUCAGCAUCAUCAGCUUUCGAUACUUUGUUCAGCUGGUCCUGGAGCAUAUCAAACUGGAACAUCGCCCCCAAAACACGUUACUGUCAUGCCACCUCCACCUCAUCCUUCUCAGCUCCAAAUUCAACACUCGGCCAGUCUGAUUACGCAACAGCCUGGUGGCGGCCAACAACAGUAUGUGCCAGUAUCGAUGGUCGAUGGUAGUCGUCAAAUGAUAGCUACGUGGCCCGCACCUCCUGCGUCUCACCACCGUCAGAUGACUAUUGUACAGCCCCCCGGGGCAGGAGCGCCAUCGGCUGCGUGGCAUCCGGCUUCAGCAGCUGCAGCUGAUUGGGCAGCAGCAACAGUUCCUAGACCGCUCAUUGUGGAUUCUGCUACUGCUAUACUUCAAGAACAGCGCCCGGUGGCUUUUACCACAACCGAUGUAUAUGAUGGUCUGCUGGAAAGCCCUACAAUGGUCGGAACGAUAUGGGGCAGUUCCAGUAACAACGGAAAAUCGCGUUCGAACAAGGCACAUAUAGGCGCAUCUCAGCCCCACCAUCAUCAUUCGCUGUCGAGUUAUCAUCAACAAGCCCCGCCAGCUCAUCACCACCAUCAUCAUCAUAGACAAGACAAGAAAGACACGGUCAUAAGUGCCACUAAUCAACUGAGUCCGGUUAAAAAACGAGUAAAGGAAGGAACACCUCCACAAGUCGAGUAUGAAGGAAGAAAUAACAGAGGCAGUCUAACUUUGGACAAUGUUCCAAACUGGCAUCAGCCUUCUCCUAAUUACAAACAAACAGCGCAAAACAGACAACACCACACUAUAACGAUUCAUGAUACUCCAUCUCCUGCUGUAUCUGUUAUCACAAUAUCUGAUAGCGAAGAUGAAGCUUCGACUAAGGGAGCUCAAUUGAACUUGAAAAUGAACCGUAAAAAUGUAAUAUCUUGCCUGACGGUUGGCGAGAGUGAUAACGAAGAACAAGUGUUAUCGAAACAUGUUCCUUAUCAUCCGAAACAACUUCAGAACAUGCGUUCGACUCCGGUCAUUUAUCAGCCUCAGUCAAAGAACUCUAAUAUACAGAACGGAGAAUAUAUUGCUUGUCACAAUAGCCCCUCCAGUGUAGAGUUAAAUGGCCAAUAUUCACAGCAUUCUUCGGUCAACAGCAAUUCUCAACAAUCAAUUUACAUGCCACAAUUGCCCAGUGAAAUCAAACACGAACCUCAUUAUAGCAGUUCUUCUUCACAUAUCGGCAAUACAAUUACUCAGUCGCAACUGAAAAGAAUGGUGUCUAAAGUGCAGCAUUCACAUCAGAGUCAAGAUAUUUUCAAUUCGACAGGCACGAACAAACAAGAUCCACCUCAAGCUAUCGAAUAUUAUUGCAGUGGAACAAACUGUAAAGAUCCUUAUCAUUACGUUUCACCGCACGACCAACAUAUUGUUUACGCUGGCGAUAAACGUAUAUCGUAUGCUAUUCCGUCAGCUCACAAGCGCAACGUUACUAACCCUAUGGACUAUCAGUUACAACCUCCUGUAGCCCAUUCUAGUAGGGAUUCUCAUUUAAUACCUGCUCCAAAGACGGCUUGGACCCAGCAAGCAAUUCCUGUACAUCAAGCUUACAGGAGCCACGUUCCAGACUACACCGCGGCACAUCUUUCGCCACAAGCUUUGGGGACUAACCGUGGUCUUUCACCUCUUGCCGGUCAACCCUUGUAUCAUCAAAGCGACAUCUACCGGCGACAGGCGGUUUACGUAACGACUGGACAACCGCCAACUGCUGCUGCGUAUUUGCCGACUCAACAAGUUCCUGCCGCCGCGUUUGCCGCUGGUCCUAUUCCGCCGCCGGCUCAUCACGCCAGUGCAAGACCCAUACUUACAACUCACGCUACCCAUCCGUUGCCGGCUCACAUGCAACCGACAGCGGUGUACGGUUACUUGAGCCCUGCCAAAACACACCAUCAGUAUCAACCGUUGUGGUUUGCCGAGUAGGGUUUAUCACAGGGGUCUGACAAUAAAUUAAUGGCACCUCUACUUAACAACAAUGAUCAUCUAGUCGUUAAAGUCAGGCCUCUGUAUAUGUUAACAACAGAUCCUGUACUCACCUAAAGUGUCUUUUUUUUUUCUUUUAUGUAAAUAUGUUACUUUUAUUUUUUCAAUUUUGAAUAGUACUAUUUUUUCUCCUUGUUAUUAUGUUACUAUUUUAAAACUAAUUAUUCGUUGCACACAGUCUUAACGAAAACCAAAUAUUGUGACAUUUCAGACUCAUUUAUUAACUUAAAAAAAAUA